CGCCAUGUUGUGACUUUGGUCGUUCUGGUUCAAGUUAGCGGAUUCACAGUGCAGUUCACAUCUGAAACAAAAAACAUCCAGACACCGUUGUGGGUACCAUCAGCAACAACGGCCUGCAGUCCUUCAAAGUCAGAGUCUAUCGACAUCUCCUUCAUUGUCAUUGGAACACUUGGCAGCUGUGAGCCAUUGAUCGCCCACUAAACUGUUUUCCUAUGUGGGUAUUGCUCACCAUAGCACAUUAUAUAAACAAAGCGGAUUCACCAACACCAGGGACCCCAGCAACUGUUGUCUGAUCCACUAUGGCUUCAGGGUGUUGUACACGUCGAAGUGUAUCCGACAUGGCGAGUAAGUCUGUGCGACUGCCGGAGCGAAGUGGAGCGGAGUUUGCUGAUAAAGAGUUCCCGUUUACCAACCUGGUCCUGGAGGGGGGCGGAGCGAAGGGAAUCGCCUACAUCGGAGCUACCAAGAUCCUGGAGGAUGCCGGGAUACUGCAGAACAUCCGUCGGUUCGGCGGGACCAGCGCAGGCGCAAUAACAGCCGCCCUGCUGGCCUGCGGGAUGACGUCAGAGGAGAUGAUGGAGACGCUGAGUGAAGCCGACCUGUGGGGCAUUCUUAUGGAUGGUGGUACUUGGCGAUGGCCGUUGGAGUUUCUGAACUACGCCGCGUACGCCCGGCAUCUGAUCUUCGACAUGGGCGCCAACCCCGGGGAGGAAUUCCUGACGUGGUUCGGCAAAGUCAUCGGGGACGUGGUCAAGAAACACGGUCUGGACGAAGACGUUACUUUCUUGGAGCUGUACAAGGUUCUUGACCGUGAGCUGUGUAUCGUGUCAUACAACAUACAAUACGGGCGGGAGAUGUACUUCCACGUCAAGACUACGCCGCUCAUGAAGGUGAAGGAGGCCGUCCGCAUGUCUAUGUCAAUCCCCGUGGCGUUCCAGCCUUACCAGAGGGGCGGGUUUCUGCACGUGGACGGAGGUCUGGUCGCCAACUACCCCGUCUACUGCUUCGACGGCUGGUGGUUGUCCUUGAACCCAGAGGACACCUAUAAGGCCAAGUUCGACGGGAAAACGGAACCGGAAGUCAAGGCCCUCAUGAGCCCCGAAAAUCUGCGUGAUAAGCGUUUCAGCCCAGUGCAGGACAGCAAUGGCGGGAAGAAAACUCUGGGGCUUAUUCUGUUCUCCGAAGACACGGACCCUUCGCCUUACGAGGAACAGUUGAGAGGUCGACUGACGAGGCUGGAGGAAAAAGAUCCAUCCGCCAAAAAGCAGCGUCCAGACACCGAAAAGGGAAGCGCCUACGAAAAGAACCACGCGCAAAGAGAAGAGUUUAACCAGCAGGAGAGGGAGAGGCUCGUGACUUACGGGAAAGGAUUAGUCAAGAUCGAGAAGAUUUACAAGAACUCCACACCUGACACCCUGGAGGAAAACUUCAUGAAGGAAUUCAAGGACGAUGACUUCGAACCUUGGGGCUGGACCAAGGCCGAGGCAUUUGCUGCAUACUUCCCACAUUUGGAGGGAAAGGAUCCCUCUGAUGACGUUCUGAAGCACCUGAUGGACAACUGGCUCGUGCUGGAAGCAAAGACCCUGUCCCAGGGCGAGAGGAAAGUGUCCAAGUCCUCGGAGUACUACGGCGCUCUCAUGGACUUCUACGGGAAGAACGAACCCUUUGAGGAAGAAGACGUGAAGCGGACCAUCGGCAUAGACGUUGACUACGUGGGAACCAUGGACUUCGACAUGGCACACGAGGACAUGAACUUCCUCAUGGACGUGCGACUUCCAAAGGCGAGCGGAGACGUCUUUGCCGGGAAGGAGUUUCCAUUCACCAACCUGGUCAUGGAGGGGGGAGGGGCCAAGGGCAUUGCGUACGUCGGAGCAGUUAAGAUUCUGGAAGACGCUGGAAUCAUGAAGAACAUCACGCGGUUUGCGGGCACCAGUGCAGGAGCCAUCACCGCCGCCAUGUUGGCUGUAGGGAUGACGUCAGAGGAAAUCAAGAGGGAAAUGAGCGAAGUGGACAUGCUGAAAGUCGUGAUCGACGGCGGCGGCCCGCUGCCCGGCGUGUUUAAGAAGAUCGGGAUGGGGUUUAACGUCAUCUGUGACGCCGGAGCCAAUCCCGGAAACAGGUUCCUUGAAUGGAUGGGGAGCAUCCUGCAGAAAUACCUCGCAAAACAUCAACAUAAAGACCUGGGGAAAGACGUCACAUUUUCUCAGUUGUACCACGCGUUAGGCCAUGAGCUGUGUAUCGUGGCGUACAACAUGGAGUAUGCGCAGGAGACGUACUUCCACGUCAAGACCACGCCUCUUACCAAGAUUCGAGAGGCUGUGCGCAUGUCCAUGUCCAUUCCAGUUGUGUUCCAGCCGUUUAAAAUCGGCGGGUUUAAGUACAUGGACGGCGGUCUGGUGGCCAACUUUCCUGUGUACUGUUACGAUGGUUGGUGGCUGUCCAUGGAGAAGGGCGACACGUUCAAAGAGCGGCUGGGACACAUGUCGGAUGCCGAGGUGAAAAAACUGCUCAGCCCAGAGAACAAGAAGGAGCGCUUCGGCGGGAGCAACCAGGAGCGGAAGGAGACCCUGGGAAUGCUCCUGUUCUCUGAACAGCUUGACCAGGAAGCGUACCAGUGGGUGUUCCAGGACCGGCUGACAAAACUGGUGGGAGAAGACAGCAACUUCGAGAGACGUCGGCCGGACACGGAGAAAGCGAAAAAGUACUUGAAGGAGAAGGCAGAACGAGACAAGUUUAACGCCCGGGAAGUGGCCCGGUUCGAGGAUAACCUCGAAAAGUUACAGAAGGUGAACGAGGUGUACAGUCGUUCCAACCAGGACAACCUGAAGGACAACUUCAUGGCGGUAUUCGAGCCAGGCACCUUCCGAGCGACUCUAGGUGAACUGAGCAACGAGCAGGCUUUUGAUCUACUGUUCCCGAAGUAUAAGGGGCAGGAGCGCACGAACCACCUUGUGGAGAGCAUCAUGGCGAACUUCGCGGUCCUGCAGACGUUUAAACACAAGGUGCUCGGAGAGAGGCACAUCGAGGAGCCGCUGCAAAUCUACGGCUCUCUGCUCGACUUCUUCGGCAAGAGCCGCGGCCCCACCGAGAAUGACGUGAAGAGAACUAUCGGCAUUGACGUGGAUUACGUGGAGACCAUGGAUUUCGACAUGGCUCCGGAGGACAUGAACUUUCUUAUGGAGAUGAGUUCGCCGGUCUGGCUCGUGGGCGUCUUGGUGCUUCUCACGGCGAUGUUGGAGACUGAAGCAGGUCUGAACAAGCUCUCCAAAGAGGACCGGCUGGAUUGCUACAUCAAGUGUAACCAGUGCAAAUUGCUCUUCACUUGGCCCAAGCCCUUCAGCUCGACGAAUUGCCGGCAGCAGUGCACGAAGUCCAAGGAGACCGGAGACGAGAUGUUUCUGUCCGGGAAGGCCUUUAAGGAGUGGGAGGUUUGUCUGAUGAGUCUGCAAUCGCGGGCCGGACGCAGAAGAUAAUCCACGUCAUCAGACGUCAUAUCCGGUAAUGACGUCAUCUGACGUCACAUCAGACCAACGGCAACGAGACAACAGUGACGCUCACUUUCCAUCAUCAGUCAGAAUUACUACAUUAGUAGUUUUCUUUAAACAACCGUGAACGGAUUUUUUUUUUAUUUUGGUCCGUGUGGUUUCUUCUGUUUUAGUAGCAUUUUGUUGCUAGUUAUUUCCAAAUGCUAGAAAUGACUAGAGAACAGCUGUCAGAUAGGCCAAAGGUCCCAGAAAGGUCUUUGAAUGUCUGGUAUAAGAAUAUAUAUUGCCUUAAGGGAGCUAGAUGUAAAAUUCAUUGGAAAAAU